CCGCGAGCUCGGCGGGCGAUGCGGCACCGUGAGCGCGAUGCGCGGACUGUCGUUCGAUCACGGAGCGUCCUACGUCUCCGCCAAGCCGAGCGAUCCGAAGUGGAAGGCGUCGCCGUUCGCGCGCGCGCUGCGCGCCGCGGAGAAGGCGGGCGUCGCCGCGCGGUGGCGCGGCGACGUCGGCGUCGCGGACGCGGACGCGGCGACGUCGCGCGGCGAUGACGUCGUGAUGGACGAGGGAUCCUUCGAGGCGUUUCCCCCGGAGAAGGAGCUCUUCGUCGGCGUCCCGACCAUGGCGGCGUUGCCGCUCUUCAUCGCGGAGACGCUCGCGCGCGCGACGAAACCGGAGGCGUCGCACCUGGGCGAUAACGCCGCGGUGGGCGCGCCGGAGUACGCGACGAACGCGUUCGUGCAGACGCUCACGGAGCCGCAGUACCCCGGAGGGAGAUGGAAUCUCACCGCGCGCAUUCGCGACGGAGGGCACGUGUGGUACAAGUCGAUCGACGCGGACAUCGUGAUCGUCGCGACGAGCGCGCCCGCGGCGGCGAUCCUGAUGCCGUGGCGCGGCCUCGGGAGCGUCGACGACGUCGAGGUGGACGACGAGACGUUCACGGGGAUCGUGCAGGGCGCGGCGCACGGCGUCGAGGCGAACGCGUGCUGGACGUUGUGCGUCGCGUUCGAGAAGAGCUUAGACGCGCCGUUCGACGGGGUGAUGAUGCGCGAGCGCCCCGAGGGAGGGUACGGGAAGAUCGCGUGGUUCUGUAACAACAGCAGCAAGCCCGGGAGGAAGGGCGGCGGCGGCGGCGGCGGCGGGUGGGCGUACGCGGCGGAUGACGACGCCGGCGGCGGCAGCGGCGACGACGGCGACGACGACGACGACGCGGCGGCUACCGAGCCGGAGUGUUGGGUCGUGCAGGGCUCGCCGACGUUCUGCCAGAACGUCCCCGCGGGCGCGGCGUCGCCGCGAGUCGCGGACGAGCUCCUCGACGCGUUCUUGACCUUGCUCGGGAAAGACGCCGACCGCAGGGCGUCGAUCGAGGUGACGCACAAGAAGGCGGUGAAGUGGAAGCACGCCUAUCCCGCGAAUCCCACCGGGCGCGUGUACUUCGAUCCCGAGACGGGCGUCGCCGCGUGCGGGGACUGGACGUUCGGGGGGAGGACGUCGGACGCGUACGACAGCGGCGUCGCGGUGGGGAAGGAGAUAUCGACGUAUCUGGAGCUGUCGCGGGAGUUGUGAGCCGAGGGUGUUCGGCGGGCGGGCGCGGAGCGCAGAGACGAAGGCGAAUGAAAGAUGAGACGAGAGCGAGACGAGACGCGUACGCGUGCCGCUUUCUUCGAUCGAUCGUCCCGCGCGAGCUAGCCGC